AUGGCCGACGAGGACCGUCCGCCCAAAGAGGGCAUACAAAGCGGCCUCCCUCUAGACCCAUCCUCGUUCGAUGCUGAUCCCCGCGUCUCUUGGUCGAAACUCGACAACAAAUUCAUCCUCGAAACCGAAGAGGGCAAUGAGUUCGAAUGGGACACUGCUCUGAAAAGAUGGAUUCCAGUGGUAGGCAAAAAUUCGCAACAUGAGAACCUCCGAGAAAUUAUCGCGCCCUCCAUGAUUUUCACAACAUUCUUGCACUACGGUCUGGACCAGUCAUUGUUGGACCAACAAGGCGAAAUCUACAAGGUUGCAGGUGUCGACGAGGAUGCGACAACAACAUCACAGAAGAAGAAACGGAAACAGUCAAACGGCGAUGAGUCAGGCAACAAGUCCAAGAAACCUCGAGUCAACACCGCUGUUUACGUGACCUCAAUACCCCUCGAUGCCGACCAGGAAGAGAUCCAACAUGUCUUUUCCAAGUGUGGUGUCAUUGCAGAAGAGAUCGACUCCGGCAAGCCACGAAUCAAAAUGUACGAGGAUGACAAGGGACAAUUCAAAGGCGACGCGCUUGUGGUCUAUUUCAGACCCGAAUCAGUCAAUCUCGCGGUUCAAAUGCUUGAUGAUACAGAUUUUCGGUUGGGGACAGAAGGUCCAAUGGGCAGGAUGAGAGUUCAGGCAGCGGACUUCUCGUACAAGAGUCAACAGGAUGUUCCGGCGAAAACAAGCAAGAGGGAACAAAAGAAGGUUAUCCAAAGAACGGAGAAAAUGAAGGCCAAACUCAUGGACUGGGACGACGACGAUCCGCAAGCCCUGCUGGAUACGAGCUCGAGGUGGGACAAAGUCGUUAUACUGAAGCAUAUGUUCUCACUUCAAGAGCUGGAGGAAGAUCCAGCGGCGAUGCUCGAAAUCAAAGAAGACAUCCGCGAAGAAUGCGCGAAGCUCGGAGAGGUCACAAAUGUUGUCCUCUUCGACAAGGAAGCAGAGGGCGUUGCAAGCGUGCGCUUCUCCAACGCGCAGGCUGCGGCUGCUUGUGUCAGACUCAUGAAUGGAAGAUGGUUCGAUGAAAGACAACUGGAGGCGUACAUCGCAACCGGUCGCGAGAAGUUCAAGAAAUCGAGCGACAAGAAGGUCAGCUUCGACGAUGAGGACGAUGACGAAGAAGAAGCAGAAGAAGGUGGCAGGUUGGACAAGUUUGGCUCAUGGCUGGAACAAGAAAAAUGA